AUGGCCGCGUCCGCCCGCCGCCUGUGCCACAUCGCCUUCCACGUGCCAGUGAAGCACCCCCUCUCCCGGGACUUGCAGCGCUUCUUCGGCUUCCAGCCCCUGGCGGCGCGGGAGGCAGAUGGCUGGCGGCAGCUAGCCCUGCGAAGCGGAGACGCAGUCUUCUUGGUGAAUGAGGGUGCGGGACCCGGGAAGCCGCUGUAUGGCCUGGACUCGCGUCACGCCGUGCCCAGCGCUGCGAACCUGUGCUUCGAAGUGGACAACGCGGCAGCCGCCGCCCGGGCGCUAGCUGCGCGGGGCUGCCGCAUACCAGUGCCCCCUGUUAACGUGCGGGAUGCACAGGGUGCCGCCACCUACGCGGUGGUGAACUCGCCGGUCGGCAACCUCAGCCUUACCUUGCUGGAGCGCACGGGCUACCGGGGGCCCUUCCUGCCAGGCUUUGAGCCCGUGCGGUCAGUGCCUGGCCCCGGCUGGGUCAGCCACGUGGACCACCUGACUCUGGCCUGCACCCUCGGCAGCUCCCCCACACUGAUGCACUGGUUCCAGGACUGCCUCGGCUUUCUCCACCUGCCGCUGAGCCCAGGUGAGGAUCCGGAGGUGGGCUUAGAAGUGACUGCGGGGGUUGGACGUGGGGGGCUGCGGCUCACCGCCCUGCAGACACCGACGGGCAGUGCUGUCCCCACCCUUGUGCUGGCUGAGUCCCUGCCGGGGGCUGCCGGCGGGAAGGACCAGGUGGAGCAGUUCCUGGCCCGGCACCAAGGGCCGGGCCUGCAGCACGUGGGGCUGUACACGCUUGACAUCAUGGAGGCCACUGAAGGCGUGACAGCAGCGGGGGGCCAGCUCCUGACUCCUCCUGAGGCUUAUUACCAGCAGCCCGGCAAGGAAGGCCAGAUCCUAGCUGCAGGUCAUGUGCCUAGCCUGCUAGCCCGACAGGGAAUACUGCUAGAUGGUGAUCAAAGCAAGUUCCUGCUGCAGGUCUUCACCAAGUCCCUCUUUCCCGAGGACACCUUCUUCCUGGAGCUGAUUCAGAGGCAAGGGGCCACAGGCUUUGGCCAGGGCAACAUCAGGGCCCUGUGGCAGUCCGUGCAGGAGCAAGCUGCCAGGUGCGGGAGAGCCUGA